AUGCCAAUACUGCAAGAACGCAAUGCAACUAAUUUAAAGAAAGAACAAUGCCAACGAAACCUCGACUCGAAAGGAGUGAAGGCCGUUGUGAUAAACCGCUUAAACCGCUCUAACAAAAAAUCAACCCGGAAACAGCUAAAGAAGACAUUAUCAUACCAACUUAUUAAUCUACGGAUGAUUUCCACUGUGACACACGUGAUAUCUGCGACGCACGUGGAUAAUUGCGACGCACGUGUCAACUACGUUGCACAUGUUGACGUGAAGAAAGAAAACCGCCAAAUCUUUUUUGACGAUUCUGUAAAGUUCAGAGAUUUAGCAGAGCACCGAAAAAGACAAAAGUCGCAAGAAAGGAAAAUUAUGUUAGAAUUUCUGAACUUCGAAAAGCCACACGUGAAGUGGCAUUUCAAUAUGAUCGCACAUCCGACUACAGCUCGCGAACUUCAGUUCAAAUUGACUAAAUGA